AUGGCUUCCAUUGCUUCUCCAGAAGACGUGAUCGCUUUGGUCUCCCGACAUCCUCUGCCUCUAGCAGGUACAGCCCUCUUUCUUGCUGCGCUCCUCGUCGUUGUACUGCAACCCUUCAGCAAAAAACCCCCAAAGAUAUCGCCAGCACCUACAUCGACUGAGAGCUCCGGGGAGUCCUUUGUAACGCCGGUGCCGGAGCCCGAUCUGGAUUUUGACCCUGUGGCCAGGACCCCAAAGCUCUACCGUCCCUUCCGCCAUGGCCCAAACUUCAUCACCAUGGGAAUCCGCAAGAUGGACUGGAACAAUUGGAUCGAGAUGGACUCGUACUUUCUUCGAUACCACGAAACCAAAGCUGCCGAGCUGAAGAAGGAUUUUGACGAGCACAUCAAGUACGUCGACAACGAAGUCACCAAGCAUGCUUGCUUCGAGCUCUACGAAGAGCUCGUCCAGUACCUUGUCCAUCGAUAUCCCAAAGUCUUUCAACUCGGCGCCAAUACCGUGCACAAUGCGUUAACUGGGGAGACGUUUCGAUUCCCUGCCCAAACCCCCUCCGAGGCGCUCUCUUCGUCGGCGCUGUUAGUUCAGGAUGAUCUUGUGAUUAUGGUGGAAAACGACGGUAUCUAUUCCAGUCCCUUCUUUUGCAGCACGGCAGCGACUGACUCGGUAGAUGGCCACUAUCAUCUGGAUGCCGGGGCCGUAUGUCUUCCUGGCUUCUGGCGGCUCAGGGAGAAAUUCCGCAUGUCGCUGGAUACGCUGCAUUUCGAGGCAUCCGUUCCUCAUUACGCUGAAAAGCUCCAAAAAUCUAUGAACCGAUUCUUCAAGACGCUCCCUGCCGCACGUCCAGUGGUCCGCAAUAAUUAUUUCAUCCAACUCGAUGACGGUCUCCACUGGUCUCAUCGCAUGGGCGACCAGACCGGCACUGAAGUUGCGUCAUGGGCUACCGCAAAUAGCAAAGGCUUGACAAUCGACGAGAUCCAUUUCCGGUCCGAGCGCCAAUCGCUACGUCGACUCCCACGGUCUGGGGCAAUCGUCUUCACUGUACGGACAUAUUUCGAACCUAUCACGACGAUCGCCAGGGAGCCCCAUGUUCCCGGCCGUCUGGCGGAGGCAAUCAGGAAUUGGGACGAGACUGUGUCAAAGUAUAAGGGGAAAUCCCAUUGGGAGCACAUUCUUUUGCCGUAUCUUGACGAGCAGCAUCGACUGCAGAUAGAGUCUGGCGUCCUGGAGAGCCAGACAGAAGGCGAAUUCCCCUUUUAG